AGCAUGCAAAGGAAAGGAAAUGACUUUUCGGGGAGGGUUGCCCACGUUGGAUUUCCCGAAAAAUCCUAAAUUUUCAUGAUUUCCCCACUUUUCUGUUUCCUUUUUUUUUUUUCCCCCCAAAAUUCCACUUAAAGUUUCUGCUGUUUCUCUCAUCGGCCCCAGUUUCCUUCUUUCUUUUCUCUGAAGCCUCGAAACUUCUCUGGCUGACUGUAACAAACAUGGUUCUUUUGAGUAGUCAGCUAUACAGAUUGCCGCUCUGCGUUUUGCCUCCUCGGUUCCGAUCUCCCACCGUUUUUCUUCCCCAAAAAGUGCAGACGAGCCAUAUGAUGCUAACGUUGAUGAUACUUACCAGGAAAUUAAUGCCAUGCCAAUUUUGGUGGAUCAAAUCUUUGUCUUUACAUGCAAGUAGUUUCAUAGUACACAACAGAGCGAAAUGUGAGGCCAGUUCUCAAAGGGCAGAAAAUAAGCUAGAUUCCACUGUGUAUAUAAAUGUUGCAGAUGAUUUGAAUGACCAACUCUUUUAUACAGACCAAAUUAAUAUUUCUCAGGUUCUCGUAGCUAAAGUCAUGAUGGGAUUGCUGUCCUUAUAUUUCUCAAUUAGGCUAGGACAAUCAAAUGUUUUUCAUACUUUCAUUAAGAUCGUCCAAGCAAAACUUCCCUCUAUCAUUCAAACUUUCGGGGCUGCCACCUUGCCCUUUUCCUGUAUUUCUAAUUCAUUGAAUAAACCUGUGCCUCUUCAGUUGGAUGUGUCUGUUUCUUCAUUUCGAGACAUUAGAUGGAGCUUUGCACUGUUACUGUAUCUAUUUAACAUCCAACUUGAAAAGAAUGUUGCCAGGUUCUUUCUGGUGCUCCUGGUAGCAUGCUUCUCAUUUGUUGUCAUUGGUGGUUUCCUAUUCUACAAGUAUAGGCGUCUCUUCACUAUUAAAGCCCAACAUCUGGAAUUCAACUUAUAUUGGUUACACUUGCAGGAUUUGACCAGGAUUUCCUGCUUUGAUACCAUGAUAAAGGGUAGUAAUGAGUCUUUGGAGGACUGCUUCUGGGAGGUUUGGGCAUGUCUGUGUUCAUCAUCAACACAUUUAAAACAAAGAAGACGCAUUGGACGUGUUAUUGGUUUUGUUCUUGCAAUAUGGGGCAAAUUAUUUUACUCUCGCUUGUUGAGCACAAUGAACGAACAGUUCAGGACUAAAAGAAGGCGCACAAAUGCAAGUUCUGGAGACUGAUCGUAUCAUUAUUUGUGAGUGAACAGUCAUCUUUCCUUUAUACUAAAGCAACUAAACCAGUAUCAUGAACUUGCUGUCCGCUUACGUACUGCUACAGCUAGGAGGUAGAGAAUUCUUCUUACGUCCAAUCUCCCAAGAAAGCAGAUGGACAAGCUCUCAGACAAUUUAGACAAAGAUCUUAUACAUAUUGAUAUCCUUACAAAGAGUUGCAGCCUUAAUUUAACAAAAUCAUUUGAAAGAGCCGCUGCCAACAAGGCACAUGCAAUAAUUAUACUGCCAAGGAAGGGAGACCGUUGAGAACUUGAUCUACUUUUACUUCUAUGUAUGAAGUUGACACUGAUGCUUUUUUUCUUCUGUUCUGGCUCUUCAGCCUAUUCCCAACUUCGAAUCUGUCCGCACAGUUGUUGAGGACAGGAUAUCGGCCUCUACAUUAAAGAAGGAGAAAACCCUUCAUUCUCUUAGCUUUCUGAAAGAGCAAAACUGCGGAAAGAAGUGGCAAUAGGUUAUUAAUCCAGUUCCCAAGUCUGAACCCCUCUCCCUUGAGUUGACAGAUUCAUUGAUGGUUAUAUCCGAACUUGAAGGAGAACAACCUAUCAUUCUGGAGAACCAAUCAAGUUGAAACAACGGCCCAAAUUUUGCUCGUGAAAGUUUGAAUCCCAUGCUAAAUGGAAGUACUCAUGUUUUGACAGUGAAAGUGUUCUCCGAGCUUGACCAUAGAACCGGCAUUAAACCAGCAAAUCGGUGAAGAGACUGUUUGAGCUUCUUUCUUCUGCAGUAUUAGCCUCUCUUUUGUUGUUAAGACCGUACCAUUGAUACAGAAACCACAAUAAUAAAUGGAAAUUUGUCCAAUAAAGAAAAUCUGGAUUAACAGUAA